GAGAGUGGGAGAGAGACGCGGCGCUGCUCGAUCACCCUCUCGGCUUGUUUUUUAUUGUCAUUAUUUCGGUUCCUCUGCUCGGAUGCGCGAGGACUCGAUCCCGACACUGUGAACUAAAGAAGAAGAACGUGUGGGGGGGGGGGGGCCCUCUUUAAAAGUUGACACGGGGAUAAAAAAAAGACGCACCCUGCACGCGCAAGGACCCCGCAUCUUCUCAUCGUUUGCGUCUUUACGCGCGAGCCGUGGAGGAUUUAUGGACUAAAUAUAACCCUGUUUACUCUUUUUCCUGAUUUUCCUUCACCUGGGAUGUUUCCAAUGAGCAUGAGAGCGGAUUUAAAUGACCGGAACAAGUUGUGAUUGUUUUUUUUAUAUAUAUAUACAUAUAUAUAUAUAUAUAUAUAAUCACCUUCAGCACCAGAAGCUGUUUGCUUGACAAAAAAAAACUGCAAAAACCAAAGACAUCAGUGUUUUUCUUCUUCUUUUCUUUUAAAGGAUCACAGAGCUCUGCGGUUUCCAUGAUGUCCUUUCUCUUCCCCUAUAAUUGAGAAGAGAAAUAUCCCAUCAUUUAUUUUUAUUUUUUAAAAAAAAAAAGAAAACCCCGGAAAGUCAAGAUUCCUUCUGAACUUCCAAAGGAAAGAUCAACAUUUAUUGUCUCGUGUCUCAGAGACCAAAAAACACCUGAAUAGUUGUUGUUUUUUAAGCAAAGAGGCUGAAUCCUUCAAUCCCCACAAAUGAUGAAGAUAUAAAAGCUUCUUUUUUUUUCCAACAACAACAAAAAAAAAAGACUGCUGUGGAUUUAUCAUCGCCACAUUUUCAGUUUGACCUCGACCUUCACAAAGUAGCAGAGUGCAGACGGUUGGAACAAUGCCAGAUUCACCUGCGGAUGUGAAAACCCAGCCCAGGUCCACCCCACCCACCAUGCCUCCACCACCCCCGGCUGUCAGCCAAGCAACCAAUCGCAGUGCUUCAUUCACCCCGACCACCAGUAAAUCAAUGUUGAACGGGAGCAGCCAUUCUCCUACUUCACUAAACGGUGCUCCAUCCACCCCUAACGGCUUCAGUAACGGGCCAGCCAUGUCCUCCACGGCCUCACUGUCCAACCAGCAGCUCCCGCCAGCUUGCGGAGCUCGGCAGCUCUGCAAGCUGAAGCGCUUCCUCACCACGCUGCAGCAGUUUGGCAACGACAUAUCGCCCGAGAUUGGCGAGAGAGUGCGCAGCCUUGUGUUGGGGCUGGUGAACUCCACCCUCACGAUCGAAGAGUUUCACUCCAAACUUCACGAGGCCACCAAUUUUCCUCUGAGGCCAUUCGUCAUUCCCUUCCUGAAGGCAAACCUGCCUCUGCUGCAGAGAGAGUUGCUCCACUGCGCCAGAUUAGCCAAGCAGACUCCAGCUCAGUAUCUGGCCCAACACGAGCAGCUCCUCCUGGACGCCAACGCCAGCUCGCCCCUCGACUCCUCCGAGAUCAUGCUGGAGAUGAACGAACACGGCAAGAGAAGGACUCCUGACAGGACCAAAGAGAGCUCAGAGAGAGACGGUUUGCACCCAGAGCACCUCGCGAAGAGGCCCUGCACCAUCAGCCCCAGCCAGCGCUUCAGCCCCAGCACGGGUCUCCCGGCUCACCCGCCUCCUAAUGGCCUCCCCACGCACCCCCCGAACGGCCUCCCCCACCCAUCGAACCACCAAGUGGGACCUCAGCACUAUCGCCUGGAAGACAUGGCCCUGGCUCACCAAUACAGAGACGCGUACAGGCACAACGAACACCGCGACGCUCGGGACCGGCAUCGGCCGACAGCGGUGCACGGAGCUCGCCAAGAGGAGGUGAUCGACCACCGUCUGACAGACAGGGAGUGGGCCGAGGAAUGGAAGCACCUCGACAACGAAAUCACAUGUAAUCCUCACUCCUGUCGCCCGCCGCAGCUCCUGAACUGCAUCAUGGACAUGGUGGAGAAGACGCGGCGCUCUCUGACGGUGCUGCGCCGCUGCCAGGAGGCCGACCGCGAGGAGAUGAACCACUGGAUCCGGCGCUACAGCGACGUGGAGGAGAUGAAAAAAGGUGGGAGCAACGGACAGCACUGCCUCCCUCCUCCUCUUCCUCCUCCUCCUCCUCCUCCUCCUCCUCACCACAACUCCUCCUCCAACACAGCUAGCAGCAGCGAGGCGCUGCCCAUAGGAACUCCCUCGGCUGCUGAAAGGCAGUCGGGCAGACAGACAGAUAUCCACCGAGACUUCUUACACAGGCCUCCCUCAGGAUACCUGCCAGAAGAAAUCUGGCGGAAAGCCGGUACUACAAGCAUCCCGCUCUCCCCAGCACUAAAGCACCUCCAAAACAAGCAGGAGGAGGCCGUGAAUGAGGUGAAGCGACAGGCGAUGUCGGAGCUGCAGAAGGCCGUAUCGGACGCCGAGAGGAAGGCUCACGAGAUGAUCUCGGCCGAGCGCUCUAAAAUGGAAAGGGCGCUGGCCGAGGCUAAGAGGCAAGCCUCCGAGGACGCGCUGACAGUCAUCAACCAACAGGAGGACUCCAGUGAAAGCUGCUGGAACUGCGGGAGAAAAGCCAGUGAGACGUGCAGCGGCUGCAACACGGCUCGCUACUGCGGCUCCUUCUGCCAACACAAGGACUGGGAGAAGCACCACCAUGUCUGCGGUCAGGGCCUGCAGGGGAUGCCGGGGGGCAGCAGCGUCCCUCUGGGCACGCCCUCGUCCUCCGCGUCCUCCGGCGCGCCCCCCACUCACUCGGAGAGCGCGCCGCCGGGACCGCUGUCCCUGGCGGGCCAGAGCAGUAUUGUGGCGGGAGCGGGCAGCGGCAGUGGGAGUGUCUCCGCCAGCCCCAAAGAGAGCAGCUCGAGCAGUGCCUCGCGCUCCACGACUCCGGCGACCCCCGCGCUCCUGGAUGCCACCUCUCGCUGACGCCUGUCCCCCUCCCCGGAUACUGAUGCCCACACUCCACACAAACCAAACUGAGGAAUCUUCAUUGCACACUCCUCCUCUUCCACCUUCCUUAUCACGCUACCUGAUUAUCAACUCAACCUGUAACCCCCCCUCCCCUCCCCUAAAAAUACCUUUUCUGUCUCUUCUUCACACGCAAAGAUUCCAGCCUGGGGUUCAGUGUAGUGUAAAGCGUGAACAGUGCUGUGUCUCUUUAACGGAAACAUAUCCGACGUGUUUGCUGAGAACAUGAACGGGAGCUAGUGUCCGCGUUAAGGACACAAGACAAGGGCUGUAGUGCGGCAACAUCGAUGAGGAAGGGAGGGAGCCGAGGGGUGUCUAAGCCGAUUAGCACUUGGGUAGGAUUUCCCUUUAAUUACCAAUGAGAGAACAGUACCCAGCCCUCAGAUGUGCACUACUCGUCCAAACAGUUCACCGAUGUGGCACAUUUUUUUCCAACAGUGUCCUAAUGGAAAACAGGCAAGGAACAUAAUAGUUUUCUUCAAUGGAGGACGGAAAAAAAGGGGGGAAGACCUGUGGUGCGAUGAAUUCCUCAGAAACACAGCUUAGUAUUUAUUAAAGGUUUCUUUCUGGCUUUAAGGGGAAAAUAAAGAAAAGUCCAAAUAUUCUAAAUGCAGAAUAAUAACAAUAAUGAUAUGAGAAUAAAUUCAUUUUUAAAGAGAAAAGGAAAAAACUGCUAACUACCUUGCUAGCAAGCCAAGAAAAAUCUACACCGGACUCACCUCUCUGCACCUGUUGUGAACCCAAAUGAAUUCAAAGAUGAAAAAAAAAAAACCUGAUCCAAACCUUUGUAUUACACUGCCAAAGUGAGUAAGUAAGCGAUAAAGGAGACGCACUCAUCUUUAUAACCAAACGCAACAUCACCUCCUCAGCAGAUAAGCCAGCACGGAGAGGACCGGGCUGUGGAGAAGCUGCAGGAACGUGUGGGACCCCAGAGGUAAACAAACCAACAACUGUGACUCGCGGUCUACACAAAACUACAGCCAUUCCUCAGCGACGGCCCUGACUAGUGAAUAUGGACAAUGCUGUGAACGUGACUUCAUGAAACGGAUAAAAAAACCCUGCCACAGUGUGAUUUUUUUGGUUGUUUUUGUGAAUGGUAACAAGAAGGAGAUGAAGAUACGGA